UCUUGUUGAAAGGGCUCUUCCUUGAGCCUACUGCUGACGAAGUCCGUCUGCUAGUCGAGAAGCUCGACUUGUCAAAUCGAGUUCACCACCACUUUCCUCGCAAACUCUGUUAAGGGGUGCUCUUGUUGAAAGGGCUCUUCCUUGAGCCUACUGCUGACGAAGUCCGUCUGCUAGUCGAGAAGCUCGACUUGUCAAAUCGAGUUCACCACCACUUUCCUCGCAAACUCUGGUAAGGGGUGCUCUUGUUGAAAGGGCUCUUCCUUGAGCCUACUGCUGACGAAGUCCGUCUGCUAGUCGAGAAGCUCGACUUGUCAAAUCGAGUUCACCACCACUUUCCUCGCAAACUCUGGUAAGGGGUGCUCUUGUUGAAAGGGCUCUCCCUUCGCUUCGCAGCCACGACACUUGUCUAAGAGCUGCUGCUGCUACCAAAUUUACUCUUCCACGUGCAAUUAUAAUUCUAUUCUAUUUGUAACUAGCACUCGAAGCCUCAUGUCCCCCGACUGCCUGUUUGGCAAAGGAUAAACCCAAACCUCGCUGUCGGAAAUAAAAAGAAGAGCUUUCUCGAUCGUGGUGUGCUCUGUACUGUAAUCUCUUCGGAGAGCGUUGUGUGGAGUAUCCGCGGAGAUCGAGCUCAUCUCUAUUUCUUCUUCGUCCAGCACGCCACGUCCUCCUUUGACUUGCCGUAGCUGGCAAAGUGCGCACUUUUGUAUACACGACGAGCGCAAACCUUGAAAGCUCUAUUUAUCUAUUAAGCUGGUCUUGGUCGGUCAAGCAGGAGUGAGUAGCUCUGUCAGCUCCCUCUUGACACCGAUCCGUCUGCAGAUCGGAGUCCGUAGGUCUUCUGUCACGUGUCCUUUGUUGUCCCCUUCUGGUUCUCUAGUCGCUCUGUCGUCUGUUCAUUGGACUCAGUGUUUCUUUCCGUCUCUUGAAUCGUUCGAGCAUAUCCCUUAUAGUUGACGUACACUUUCUCCUCGUAGACAGAGAAAGAGUGUGAGUGAGUGAGAGAGUGUGUGAGUGUAUAUGUGUGCGGCUGCUUAAGAUCCGAGAUCAGAAAUCCCGGCUGAAUAAAAUACGUUAGAGGCUUUCGACGGCUGGGUCUCUCUAUGAUCGAUUCCCGAUUGCUCUUCGUAGCCGACCGAGCCACUGUGGCCGCCGACAACUGAACGAGGAACUUGGCGGCUGUACUCUUGUACAAACAUGUACAAGAGCUGAUUGGAGUCUCAAUCAUCUGAACGGCCGGCCACUCAGUGUACAUUUGGAUUAGUAAAGGAUCUCCAUAGUCAUGGAUUCCCGAUGUCGAUCCUUGCAGCUCGCAGGAGUCCUGUGCAUUCUAGCGUUCGUGUUCUCUUCUGCAUCUGCACAAACCUGCAUCAGGCGUGACAGAGAUGCAUUGUUGGCGUUCAAGGCCCGUUUUGACGAUCCCUUGAACCAGCUCGGGUCGUGGAACCAAUCGAGAAAUUGCUGCAAAGAUUUCGUCGGCGUUACAUGUAAUUCCAAGGGGGAGGUUACCAAUCUGACAUUCGCAGGCAGGGUCGACGAGGAGUGUGAUGAAGACUGCCCCUUCAUCCGCAACAAGAAUGAGGGCACGGAUCCCAUUGGUCCCACCCUGUCGAAGCUGUUGGCGCUUCAGACUCUGAAUCUGAGUUUCAUUCAAAUUGUAGGCCCUUUCCCAUCCGGAUUGAGUGCAUUGAAGAGCUUAUCGUAUUUAUCCUUGACCCGCUUGGAACUCCAGGGAUCCCUUCCUGCGGACCUUUACAAGAUUUCCAGCUUGAAGUAUCUGGCAUUCGGAGGUCCCUUCGGAGGCUUUACGAGUGAUUUUUGCAAGCUGACGAAGUUGGAGAUCUUCGACAUUUCCGAGACAGUUUUCAGCGCGGGAGGCAACGGGGCUGGUCUUGGAGGAACAAUUCCUUCCUGCAUCGGAGAUUUGCAGCAGCUGCGACAGUUUCUCAUAGAGUUUAACAACUUUACCGGGCCCAUUCCCGACUCGAUCCGAAGACUGCAGAAGUUGCAGCAGUUGAAGCUCUCGGGCAAUGCUUUGUCGGGGCCGAUUCCCGCGGUCCUUGGAGAAUUGAAGGCCCUGGAAAUUUUGUAUAUCCAAGGAAACGAUUUCAGCGGUUCCAUUCCUUCCACCUUGGGUAACUUGCCCAACUUGAAGGAUCUGAGGAUUGGAGGAACGGCAGCUCUGCAAGAUAAUAGUUUCGUCGACUUGAAGUUUACCAACAUCGAUGGUGCUAUUCCAUCUUCUCUCGGGGGUCUCCCAAAGCUACAGACUCUCUACAUCAAGGGGUCAAGAAUUACGGGAGCCAUACCUAGCUCCCUCGGCAACGCGAAAAUGCUCACAGAUCUAGAGCUGGAAUUCAAUUCUCUUGAUGGGGUAUUGCCCGCGUCACUUGCUGGCCUCAACCUGACGGUAUUUCAAUUCAAUGACAAUCAAAUCAGCGGUGUCAUUCCUGCAGCCUACGGGCAAUUCCGCUUUCUGACGAGGUUUAUCGGAACUCGAAACAAAUUAACUGGGCCACUCCCCAAGGAACUAUCAAACUGGAGAUUUCAACCCGCAGGAGCGCUGGACCUGUCGGAUAACAUGAUAACGGGACCGAUUCCUGAUGAUCUCGGACUAGCUCUACCUUUAGCAGAUUUCAACAUAUCUUACAACCAGCUCUCGGGUUCGCUGAAGCCAUCGUCGUGGUAUAAAACUUCGAGAAUCUAUCUGAACAACAACCAGCUCACCGGCCUCGGAUCCGGCAACAUUCCGGACGAUGGCGAGAGCGGGCAGAAUACGCAGACUUUUGACGUCCACUCCAACCGCAUCUCAGGUCCGGUUCCCAACUGGGUCUUCCAAUUUGUAAGCGCAAGCGCGAUCGACCUUUCUGACAACAUGUUCACAGCGCUGCCGGUCAUGCCAUCGGCCGGGAUAUCGGUGUACUACCUCAAUGUCUCGAACAACCAGAUCACCGGGAGCAUUCCGGACACCUUCUCCAGAUCGAACGAUUUGGACAUGAGCAGGAACAAGCUCACAGGCUCCAUCCCCGCCAGCUUCGGUUCGAACAACGCGAACAUAAUCGAUCUGAGCUACAACAUGCUGACGGGCGAAAUUCCUGCGGGCAUCUACGACGGCACAUUCUUCAACACGCUCGUGUUGAGCAACAACAUGCUGACGGGCCCCAUCCCUGAGCGCUCGGACAAUAAUGUGUUCCUGCGCAACAUCGACGUCUCCAAUAACCUGCUCAUAGGCUCCGUUCCCGCCUCGCUGUUCAAUUCUACAUUCUCUGGCGUUAUCAAGGUCGGCAACAACCGCCUCACGGGGCCCGUCCCCAACUUUGCUGACAACUGCGAUUUCCUCACUACAGUGGUUCUGGAGAACAAUCUGCUCUCGGGCCCGGUGUUGCCUUCCGGUGCCUCAUUCGAGACGUGCAACAGGUUGGAAGUUUUCGACGUCAGUGGCAACAACCUGUCCGGAGGUGUACCCACCGAGUUGGCGAAUCUCUUGGGUUUGAGGGUCUUGGAUCUCAGCAUGAACUCUUUGACGGGACCAGUGAACGAGGCUUUGAGCAGUUUGGCGAGUGUCCUUGUUCUCGACCUCUCCGGCAACAGGUUGACGGGGAGCGUUCCCUGGACGAUGCUGGUGUCCGGGUUUGCUGCUUUGAAGGAGGCAGGAGCAUCGGCGUUGAAGUUCAUGUCCGGAUCCCCUGCUUACUCUGUGACGAUCAGUUAUGAAGAGCUCAGUCCUGGCACCUUCCUGAGAACUGACUUCGUCACUUCUGCCUACUCCACCGCUCUCAACUUCUCCAACAACGCUCUGGCCGGCAUCGUUGACUCGUCCGUCGGACAGCUGAAGGGCCUUCAUGCCUUUGACAUCAGUGGAAACCAGUUCUCGGGUGCUGUUCCUGAAACGCUCGCAGACAUCACCGACCUCGAUUUCCUGGAUGUUUCCUACAACAACUUCAGAGGCCCCAUCAGCCCCAAGCUGGCAACAUUCCCCGCAUCGUCGUUCGAGGGCAACCCCAACCUUUGCGGUGCCCCUCUGUCUAAUCCCUGCACAUAGUAGAUGCCAAUACUCUCGAUGAUAGGCCCGGAAGAAGGUGGUUGUUCGUUUGGAAGAUCGCGGAUCACGUCUACUGUAGGUGGCAUCGCCCAUUGUGCGCGCCAGUCUAGAAAGGCAGAGAAUGAUCACUGGUGCUCUUUUAAGUGUUCAUUUGAGCAUCGUUGACAUGCUCGUUCGUAGAGAAGCUCGUUGGUGCUCAACUUCAUGUAUAUAUCACAUGUAAAGUGUUUUUUUUUCAUCUUUUUCUAAAGAAUUGGAAGCUUUAUAUGUACAGAUCGAAGUUGAACUGCGCAAACUUUUUUUAACCUUAGGUUGAUCCUUUCAUUGGUUAGAGAAUCCGUGGAACG